UCGUCACCUCCAAAUACUGUUAAGGGUUUAUCCCUAUUGCGUUCUUCUUCGAUCGACGUGUACACUCCUGCGCCCGAUUUCGUCGCCUGAUUUCGCGAUCGUUGAGCCUUUCUGUUGAGCAAAGAUGAUGCAGCCGGCUGCUGGUAUGGUUCAGGCCCCUCCCAUGGCACCAGCCACCAUGGAACAGCAGCAGCAGCAGCCUCCCCAGCCGUGGAUGAUGAUGCCUCCUCCGCCGCCUCCCCAAGCUCAGUACUACCAGACUGGCCCUGCGCCGCCUAUGUGGAGCCAGCAGCCGUCCCAGGUCCCUCCGCCUGUGCCGCAGCCGCAGUACCAGCCCCCGGUUCCGUUUCCGCCUCCCCAGAUUCAGUACCAGGCGGCGCCAGCUCCUCCACCGGCCCAGGCUUUGGCUCCACAAUCUGCUUCGGCUGAUGAGAUACGCACGCUUUGGAUCGGUGACUUGCAGUACUGGAUGGAUGAGAGCUACAUCUACAGUUGCUUUGUUCAAACCGGAGAAGUGGUUUCUGUUAAAUUAAUCCGCAAUAGGCAUACUGGGCAUUCUGAAGGUUUUGGUUUUAUUGAGUUUGUAACUCGUGUUGCUGCAGAUCGAGUUCUUCAAAUAUAUAAUGGUCAAGGGAUGCCAAACUCAGAACAAGUUUUCAGAUUGAAUUGGGCAACAUGUGGAGCAGGUGAGAAACGAAAUGAUGGCAUAAAAUACACGAUUUUUGUCGGGGAUUUGGCUGCAGAUGUGACUGAUUAUUUAUUACAAGAGACAUUCAAGAAGCACUACACAUCUGUGAAAGGUGCUAAAGUUGUCACUGAUAGAUUGACGGGGCAUUCCAAAGGCUAUGGCUUUGUUAAGUUUGGUGAUCCAAAUGAGCAAACAAGAGCCAUGACGGAAAUGAAUGGUGUUUACUGUUCAACCAGGGCCAUGAGAAUUGGUCCAGCUGCAAAUAAGAAAAAUCUGGGGACCCAACAACAAUUAUCUACAAAUGUUUCAUACCAUGCUACACCAAAUACUGAGUCUGACAAUGAUCCAAAUAAUACCACUUUAUUUGUUGGCGGGCUGGAUUCAAAUGUCACAGAUGAUCUAUUGCACCAUACUUUUGGUCUAUAUGGAGAGAUUCUGUAUGUUAAAAUACCUGUUGGCAAGCGUUGUGGCUUUGUUCAAUUUGCUAACAGAACUAGUGCUGAGGAAGCCUUGAAGAUGCUAAGUGGGACGUCAUUGGGUGGACAAAACAUCCGGCUUUCAUGGGGUCGCACUCCAACAAAUAAACAGCCACAGCAAGAUCCCAACCAGUGGAAUGGCAGCUACUACGGCUACAACCAAGGAUACGAAGGCUAUGGAUAUGCUGCUCCUCAAGAUCCUAAUAUGUAUGCUUAUGCAGCAUAUCCAGGAUAUAGUAACUAUCAGCAACAACCGCCUCCUCAGGCAUGAACAACACAAAUGAUGAUGGCGGUGUUGCGCCAUUGAGAUCUGAAGAUGAAGCUUUGGGCAUUCAGUAGUUUGGCUUGUUUCUGUUUGUACCAAUUCCAUUAGUAAUUAGUAGGUUGGUUCUUGCAGUAUAAUUCUUGCGAUAGAUGUUAAGUGAACAUGAAUGACCUGAUAACAGUGAUAUAAUUUGUGCUAGUUUUAAUGAAUUGUGAUGUCAGAGAUUCUGUUUAACUGCUUGAUUCCAGUGCAGUGAUUGAGCCAUCUUUUAUUUUCUUUAA